AUGCUGGCCGAAACCGAAAACCCCGUCAGCAACGGAGAUCCACCGAAGCUCCGGGCUGCUUGUGAAAAUUGCAGACAGUCGAAGGUGAAAUGUAACCUAUCUGGGAAGGACACCUGCAUUCGCUGUAUGCGUCAUGGGCUGCCCUGUCGGUAUCGCGUCGCCAAUCGUUCUGGGAAGCCAAAAGGGAGCAAGAAUCGGGCCACGCUGCGAAAACUUGGGCAGUUGCAAGACGAGAAGAAGCCUACAAUACCUGCCAACGGAUGGGUAGAAUCGGUAGCCAAAGGACAACCGCCUCGUGUCAGCUAUGAUACUGACAACGGGGUCGACGCAACGAGUACGCAAAGCACGAGCCCAGCCAGUCAGUCCAGAAGCCCUGAUAGCCACGGGGCGAAUAUGACUGACACGACGCUGCUGACCGAUCCAACCAUGGAGUAUCCGUCAAUAGGGGAGACGUUGGCCCCUAUGUUCAAUCCCUCCAUGUCACCACCAUUCCUUCCAAAAGAGUUCAUCUCCCGGGGCUUCACCGGCUGCCCGCUCGCCGUCCACAUCCCCAACCCAUUACAGCCCUGUGAAUGCACCAAUGCACUCCUAUACAACGUAAAUCAGAUCCGGACCAUGCUGGCAGACAGCAUGCAUCUACGGCUGGACCAGAUUUUACAGGGCAUCAAGAUCGCAUUGACCCUCUUCGAGUAUUGGACAUCGUAUGAGCUCUCAUCCGCGCCGGCUGGCGGCCACAACAUGAUCGUCCCCUACGGCGACUACGAGAUGGGCCCGGACGAGACGCGCCGGAUCCGCCGGUACCUCAUCCGAGGACGGGCCAUGCAGUGCCGAGAGGUACUGGGACUGCUCAAGGACGCAGUUGAGAUGAGCCGACAUCUGAGUCCCGAGCUCCGGGAGCUCAAUGGGACGGACGGAUUGGAGGUGGAAUGGUUCCAGCAGAUGCUGGGGGGUUAUGAUACGAUGGUGGAUACGAUUUUACGAGCGAUGUCGGAUAAUCUGUGCACGUAG